UUCUGUAUUGUUAUAUUGUGGUGGCUUGUUUGUGACUGCAAUGGAUGUUGAAUGUGAAGUUGAAUCUAGCGAUGGCAAUUGCUGUUACACAGAUUCUUCGUCAUCCAGUGGACACAAAGAGGAUAGUGACCGUAGGGAUCAAGGAGUUGAAAUAACUAAAGCGACUCUUAAUUCGAUUUUAGACGAUAAUUCACGUACGUUUGAAUUUCUAAGAAGUUUUGGUGUUCUUGCUGAUAAGUACAUAUGUGCUACAUGCCGAAAGCCAAUGUCCUGUACUAAGGUUCCACCAAAAAGAAGUAGGGAUCAGCUUAUGUGGCGAUGCCGAAAAGACAACGUGUGGAGGUCCGUUCGCAAAGGGGCAUGGUUUGAAAGUGCGAGGCUUACCAUUAGAGCUAUAGUUUUGAUGACGUACUGUUUCUGUAUGCGUAAGUCUGUGUUAUCGACAAGUCGCAUUGCAGGAUUGAGCGACAGAAGUGCCUUCGACUGGUUUCUGUCGUGUAGGGAAAUUUGUUCAGCGUUACUGAAGAGAAGAGGAAAGAUUGGAGGCCCUGGUGUUGUGGUUGAGAUGGACGAAUUGCCUUUUAGGCGUGUUAAAUAUGAUUUGGGAAAGUGGAUGGCAGAAGUCUGGGUUUGGGGAGCAGUCGUUUGUGGGAAGGAACAUGGGCAGCUGGUUUUGAAAAUGGUUGAGAAGAGAAAUGCGAGGACUUUGCAAUGUCUUCUCGAAGAACAUAUCGAGGACGGGACUGUUAUAUGUUCAGAUAAGUGGAAGAGUUAUGACGAUGAAGGGGAAGUGGACCUUCAGACAUUUGCAACUGAUCACAAUUAUCAGUUUCGCAAUAAAUUGAUUGGUACUAUGGAGCAACAUUGGGAGGGCAUACAGAGAGUUGUGGGGAGAGGGAAGAGAAGGCUCGGUAGUUUGCAGGGCCAUUUGGACGAAUAUGUUUGGAGGGAGAGUGUGUUUGGACAGGGGUGUGUGUUUCAUUCUUUCAUGCGAGGUGUGGGAACGCUUUACGUACCGUGUGUAGAGGACCCUACACCGGCACUGCAGGACUCUAGGCGUGUAGCAGAACACUCUAAGCCGGCAGCCGGUGUGCUAAUACCUGUAGCAAUAAAGAGAGAACCUUCGCUGUCGGAAACUGUUCUGUCCUCUCCAUUAGCAGCUGGAGACGCAUCGCCAGAGGCAGUAGAGCGAGACCCUUCACUGUCACCAGGUGAAUUCGAAGGUCUGACACCAGCAGCAGUAAAAGAAGACCCUCCGCUGUCAGCAGCAGGUCCGUCUUCUCCAGUAGCAGCUGCAGUGAACGUCGCAGUGCGGCCAAGGGAGAGGCCUACGAGGCACAGGAAGCGAGUCGUACGCGAGGAUUUUUGGUACCCCACCUCGUUUCAGGACUUCUGUGAUGUGGAGUUGGAGGAUUAGGACAAGGUUUUGGUGUAAUGUUCCUUUAUUUUCUGUUCAUCUGCCAGGUGUGGCGUAUCUGGCAAAACACUUUAGAAUUGGUCAUUUUGAAACUUUGUCUGUGUGGAGGCAUUUUGUGUGAUGGCCCUUUGCUCAUUUGCACUGUCAGUUUAUCCUCGUGACAUUCGAGUGGAGACUGUUUCUAACUUUGUGAUUCAUAAGAAGACAGUGAAGUGUAGCCUCAGAGAAAUUGAUAUAAAAUCAGUAUUGAAAGUGAAUCAGUGCAUGGGACUUAAGAUGAAACCAGGAGAAAAGUUAUGUUCCAGGUGUUUUACACUGCUAAAAAAUGAAGAAUAUUCUGAUAGUUUACAUUACAGUGACGAAGAGUGUCAGCCACCUGCAACCACAGCGGGUGAGCAAUUAAAUACUUCAGUAGCUGCUCUUGGUUUAUCUCCCACAAAGACAUACAAAGUUGGGAAAAGAGACAGGCCCAGCUAUGGCUGAAGAAAACUACAAGAAGAGAUAAGCCGAUUGGAUUGUGCUGUUGCUGUGAAGCUGUGUGUGGUCAGUUUGUCCGUUUUUUUUGACAACACAUUUCAACAAAAUCUUCCACUGUACUGCUUCGUUUCAAGACUUAUGCGAUGCAUGUGUGUCCAUUGUUUAUAAGAAACUCAAUUUUGUAAGGAUAAUUUGUAACGAGAUGAAAUUAUGGUAAUACUAGACUUUUCUGAAAGUUAUGCAUUUAUAAUUAAAGAUGCCAUCGAAGGAUAUUAUUGGGACAAAAGUGAAGCAACUGUCCAGCUAUUUGUGAUUUACUAUAGAGGUGAAUCAGGUGAUGUGUCUGUUAUGAACCUGUUCGUUUUUAGUGACAGUUUAAUUUGUGAUGCCAUUGCAGUUCAUGUCCACAUUUGCACUGUAAUGGCAUAUGUGAAAAACAAGUUGCAUUACAUACAUUUUGCGAUAUACUUCAGUGGUGGGGCAGCUAGUCAGUACAAAAACUUGAAAAAUUUAUGCACGCAUUACCAUGAUUUUCAGAAUCACGCACAACAGAAUUUUUUCGCAACAAGUCGUGGUAAAAAUGUAUGUGAUGGUAUUGGUGCUACCAUUAAGUGCAUGGCAUCACAAGCUAGUCUGCAGCACCCUACAGGAGGUCACAUUCUAAAACGUCUUCAGUUAUUUACCUGGGUACAGAAAAAUAUCUCUGGCAUACUAUCAUUCUAUGUUUCAAAAGAUGAGUUGAAAUCAGUUGAAGAGUUGCUAAAAAGCAGACUAGAGAACAUUAAAACUGUUGCAGGUGCAAGGAGCCAUCAUCACUUCUCUCCUGUGGACUCUGACAGUGUGCAGGUGUGUGAAAGUGUAAGGAAGACAGAAUGCCAGUUGAAAUAGCUGAUCAGGAAAUGAUGCAGUUUCCUCAUCAAGAUCUAGAUUUGAAACAGAAUACCAGAUAGACCCGAUCAAGUGUAAGGCUGUGAUUAUACAUCAGAGAAUGGCCCUACCGGUGUGACUGCCGAACAAUCUAAUGUGUGUGGGCCGACACAAAAAUGGGAAGAACUGACAGUAUUGCAAAUGGUGCCUCUCCUUAACGACAGAAUGACAUUUUCUUCUGUUGAAAAUGAGCCCAGACCUUCACCUAAGGAUAAAGGUUCAGAUUUAUGUCACAAUGUAGAAAACAGAAGAUUUCUCACAGAAUAACAUUCUUGUACACUUGCACCAAUGACAAAGCAGUUACAGCAGAGGUAGAGAAAUUUGAAUACUUAGGGACACACAUUAGCAAAAUUGGACUGGGCAAUAGUGAAGUAAAACACAGAAUACAACAAAGCAGAAGAGCAAUUGGAUGUAUCAGUUCCUUUGUGGACCGAGAACAUUUCUAACGACAAUAAGAAAACGGUGCUACGGAUCGGAACCACGGAUUUUAAAUGUUCACCUUUGAAGAAGAGUAACAACUGUGGAAACCAAUUAUUUGAGGAGGAGCUUCAGAAUAUUGAGAGUUCGAACAAGCGCAGAUUAAACAGUGGUAGAACAUCGUUGAAGUGGUAUGCUUAUUCACUGACAAUGCCAGAUAAUUGGGGUCAAAGAAAUUUUUUUUAAGGGAGACCACGUGACAGGUAUAAAUGUGACAGACUGUAGCGUUCUCGGAAAUGCCACAUCGACUAAAUAAUGGAAUGUUGAGGUGUGCACGAAGAGUGUGCCUCAGUAGAGAGCCAUGGCAGAAGACAACAACAAUACAGCAUAAUGUGUUAUUUAUGUAUGUAUUAAUCAAUACUAUUAUAAUAAUAACUGAAAUAAAUAUUGUGAAACUGA